AUGGCCGCCGUCUCCCCAUCUGGGUCGGACGCGGACCCAGCCAAGCUUAGCGUUCUGAAAGACGCCCUCUACGAAUCAUGCCAACACAACGGCGACGAGACCCGGCUUUUCAGCCAAGAAGACCUCCUCUCCCUGGGCGUGACCGACGAUGCCAAUACCCUCCUCCGCGUGCUCCAGGCACUCAUCAACGACCGCCUCCUCAUCUCCGUUGCGCGCCAGGGCGGCGGCUACCUAUGGAAAUGGCGGUCGGCUGCCGACGCCGCCAAGUAUAGGGCAUUGAACAGGGAGCAGUCCAUGGUGUACGAGAUGAUCGACGACGCGGGCGCCGACGGGAUCUGGUCUCGCACCCUCAAGGCGAGGCUGCAGAUGCAUGACUCCGUGCUUAAGGCGCACCUAAAGUUCCUCGAGUCUAAGGGCUACAUUAAGGACAUGAAGAGCGUGGAGCACCCCAACAAGAAGAUGUACAUCAAAUCCAGCCUACGACCAUCCGAGAAAGCAACCGGCGGGCCUUGGUAUACGGAUAGCAACCUCGACGAGGCGUUCAUCUCGGAGCUGCUGAAGGUCAUCUUCGAUUUCAUCACUAGGCAGAGCACAUAUCGGAGCGUUCACAGCGUGCACAAGGAGAAACAACCCAAGAAGGGCGUGCUAAAGGGAGACAAAGAGGCAGCUGUCGCUAAGGGCAAGAAGAGGGCUGCAGAGGACAUAUCCGGCGACGACCCACAACCCGCUCCCGCGCCACGAGAGAAGCACCGACACCGCGAGCCGAAGCGGACCCAGCUCCUGCCCCUGCCCGCGGGCUACAACGCCUACCCGACUGUGCGGCAGAUCGCGGAGCUCAUCUCGGCGAGCGGGAUAACGAACAACACGACGCUGGGCAUCGCGGACGUGCAGCAGCUGGUGGACGUGCUCGUGGCGGACGGGCUGGUGGAGCCGGUGCGCGUCGGCAAGGUCAAGGGCUACCGGACGGUCCGCGCGGCCAAGGUGGACCCGACGCCGCUGACGGCGCUGAUGCGCGACCACAGCAUGGACGAGGAUGUCAUGGAGCUGCAGGCCCAGGACAUGGGCGCCGGCCCCAUGAGCAACGGCCUGACGGACGCGCCGUGCGGCAGGUGCCCCGUCUUUGACCUGUGCGAGGAGGGCGGGCCCGUCAACCCGGGGAACUGCGUCUACUUCCAGAGGUGGCUGGGCGACUAG